AUGUUCAAUACAAGCUUUUCAUCAACUUCUACUUCUAAAUCAACUCUCAAUAAGUAUUCUAGGAUGAUCACUCAACCCAAAGAUCAAGGUGCAAGUCAAGCCAUGUUGUAUGCUACAGAAGGUGUAGAUUCUCAAGCUGAUUUACAAAAACCUAUGAUCGGUGUAGCAAGUGUUUGGUAUGAAGGUAAUCCAUGUAAUGGUCAUUUAUUAGGAUUAGGUCAAAGGAUCAAACAAUCUAUUGCCAAAGCUGGUCUCAUCGGUUAUCAAUACGGUACUGUGGGUGUUAGUGAUGGGAUCAGUAUGGGAACAGAUGGAAUGAGAUAUAGUUUACCUAGUCGAGAUUUGAUUGCUGAUAGUGUAGAAAGUGCUGCUGGUGGUCAUUGGCAUGAUGGGAUGGUAGUCGUACCAGGUUGUGAUAAGAAUAUGCCAGGUACUCUCAUGGCUCUUGGUAGACUUAAUAGACCAGGCUUGAUGGUUUAUGGUGGGACUAUCAAACCGGGUUAUUGUGCUUCUGUCGGUCAAUUAGAUAUCGUUAGCGCUUUUCAAUCUUAUGGAAAAUUCGUUUCAGAUGGUCAAACUUCUCAAGCCGAAUCUAUAAGAUUAGAUACCAUUCGUAAUGCUUGUCCUGGUCCUGGUGCUUGUGGUGGAAUGUAUACUGCAAAUACAAUGGCAUCAGCUUCUGAAGCUUUAGGUAUGACUUUACCAGGUUCAUCAAGUUUUCCAGCAGAAUAUCCAGAGAAAUUAGAAGAAUGUGAUUCGAUUGGAGAAGUGAUGAAAAACUUAUUAGAAUUAGAUUUAAAACCACGUGAUAUAAUGACACGAGCUGCAUUUGAAAAUGCAAUGGUUUUGAUCAUGGUUUUGGGUGGUUCUACCAAUGCUGUUUUACAUCUUAUUGCUAUCGCUCAUUCAGUUGGAAUUAAAUUAACGAUUGAUGAUUUCCAAUCAGUUUCUGAUCGAACCCCAUUCUUAGCUGAUUUGAAACCAUCAGGAAAAUAUGUGAUGGAAGACGUUUAUAAGAUCGGUGGUAUUCCAGCUAUUCUUAAAUACCUUUUAGAAAACAAGAUGAUAGAUGGUGAUCAAAUGACAGUAACAGGCAAAACUUUAGCUGAAAACCUAUCUAAAGUGAAAUCUUUAAAAGAUGAUCAAGAUGUGAUUCAUCCUAUCAAUUCUCCUAUCAAACCUACAGGUCAUAUUCGAAUCUUAAAAGGUAAUUUAGCACCUGGUGGUGCGGUGGCUAAGAUUACGGGAAAAGAAGGUCUUAGGUUUAGAGGUCUAGCUAGAGUUUUCGAAACUGAAGCUGGUUUGAUUGAAGCUAUUGAAAAUGGUACGAUUGUUAAAGGUGUUAAGACGGUGGUCGUUUUGAGGGGUUUAGGACCAGUAGGUGGACCUGGAAUGCCUGAGAUGUUAAAACCUACGAGUAUGAUCAUGGGGGCUGGAUUAGGUUAUGACGUUGCAUGUGUGACAGAUGGUCGAUUCAGUGGAGGAACUCACGGCUUCUGUAUUGGACAUGUCGUACCUGAAGCAGUCAAAGGUGGAGCGAUUGGAUUAGUGAAAGAUGGAGAUAUGAUUUGUAUUGAUGCUGAAGCCAAUACGAUUGAAGUGGAAGUAAGUGAUGAAGAAUUAUCGAAACGUAGGAUCGGAUGGAAACCUACACCGCUGAAAGUGACGAGUGGUACAUUAUAUAAAUAUCAACGUUUAGUGGCUGAUGCAUCUCAUGGAGCAGUAACUGAUUUAAGAGAUAUUGAAGACCUUUAA